AUGGCGAGUCAACAAAAGCGAUCUGUCCUCGUAACUGGAUGCUCCCAGGGCGGUGCUGGAAAUGCACUUGCUUUGGAGUUUGCGGCCAAGGGAUACCGCGUCUUUGCCACGGCUCGCUCUCAGAAGACCCUGAGUAACUUGCGGGAAAAGGGGAUUGAAACCCUUGUUCUCGAUGUCACAGACCCCGACAGCAUUCGGACCCUUGCCGUUGAGAUUGCGAGCCGCACUCAAGGACACCUAGACAUGUUGUUUAACAACGCUGGAACACUGUACGAAGCGCCAGCCAUCGAAGCCGAUCCGACUCGUGUCCGAAAUCUGUUUGCCACGAACGUCUUUGGCCUAAUGGAGAUGGUCACUGCGUUCACGCCUCUCCUUCUCGCCGCUGUUACUCCAAACUAUACGCCGACCAUUGUCAAUGUCGCCUCGGUUCUGGCCCGCGUCCCAAACCUUUUCUCGUCCGCCUACAACGCAAGCAAAGCAGCUGUCGCGACAUACUCCGACACCCUCCGACUCGAAGUUCAGCCCUUGGGUAUCAAGGUAGUGACAUUAUACAUGGGCGAAGUUUCCACGCCCUUGAUGGCGACCGAAAACAUCAACUUUGGUCCCGACAGCUUGUACUGCAACGUGGAGGACUCUGUCAAGGCGAGAACUACGACCCAUCUCGACAAAACAAUGCCCCCGGACGAGUUCGCUAAACAAGUCGUGGGCGCGUUGAUCAAUGGCAAGGACUCAUUCCUUUGGAAGGGCACCAACGCGUUCAUCGUUUGGCUUUUGAACGCAGUCGGUCCGAGAACCGUGUUUGAUAGCAGCACGAACAAGGCAGCUGGCUUGGACAAGGCUAAGGCCAGGGAGAGCAUCUACAAGCAGGGUCAAGAGCGAGUCAAGAGUGGUUAA